AGCAGCUGGCAGACUUUCCUGUGCUUCGUGUAUGUUUGUGUGUUUGUGUGCUGGGAGUUUGACCACUUAAAGGUAGCGGACAGGCAGAUUUUUUUUUUUUUUUUUUACAAAAGCGAAAGUGAAGAAUGACUUGGGACACCGAAUAGCGAAGAAAGUGAAAUACUGCAGCUUUGUUUUCAGCAGAAGGAUUACAAAUAAACUGGCGCUCUUCUCCUAAAGCCAUGGAACCACCACCGACCGGUACCUCAUCCACCCCAAGACUCAGCCUCUCAUCCCUGCGGACAGGCCCUUCCUCUACAAGCUCAUCUGCUACCACAACCACACCAUCCUCAGACCGGCCUAAGCCUAAACUGUCCAUGCCAACAUCUCCAACCACACCGACAUCUUCUCCCUCUACUGCGUCCUCUCAGGCUUCUCCCAGUCUUUCCCGCUCCUCCUCCCUCUCCACACCGCCUGCCUCCCCUCUCCGCCUGCCAAUUAGAAGCCCCUCUCAGGUGGGCAGAUCUCAGCUCAAUGCAGCCUCAACGGCAAAUCCCCCAUCUGGAGCCAAUGCCUCAGCUCCACAGCCUCUCACUACACCUGAACCAGAAGAGCCAGAGGAGGAGGUCAGUUUUGAGGAUCUGGAGUACAAAGCAAAGUCAGGAGAUGCUAAAUCACAAACCAAGAUGGGACGUUACUUCCUGGCGCUGGCAGAAGAAAGAGAUGAGGAGCUGAACAACUGCACAGCGGUCACUUGGCUGGUCCAGGCUGCUAAACAGGGCCGCAAGGACGCCCUCAAGCUGCUGCAGCAAUGCUUAGCCUCCAGAAAAGGCAUCACUCUGGAGAACUUUGAAGAGGUGAAGAAGUUGUGUACAGAAACACGGUUUGAGAGAGGAGUUCGGAAAGCGGCUCUGCUCAUGUACUGGAAAUUGAACCCAGAGAGGAAGAAGUCAGUGGCCGUUUCUGAGAUGCUAGAGAACGUUGAACACGUCGCCACAGAGCCAGGCAAACCAGUCUCCCCGGGCCCACUUAACAGCUCUGCCAAAAAACAGAGGAGAGUCUUGGAGACGAUGGUCACCAGCGAGUCCAGUUCUUAUGUCGGUCUUGACGAUUUUGUUGAGAUGACGAAGAAGUACGCUCAGGGUAUCGCACCGUCAACAGUCAUGGCUGCUGCAGGAGGCACUGACGACGACGAUGACGAUGAUGACGUAGUUGUGAAACAUCCAGAUGAACUGCCCCUGCACCAAAAGCUGCUGAAGUUCCCCUUGUACGCUCUGCUGGAGAUCAAGGAGCACCUCAUCGACUGGGCGUCGCGAGCUGGCAUGCAGUGGCUCAGUGCCCUGAUCCCCACGCACCAUGUCAAUGCACUCAUCUUCUUUUUCAUUAUCUCCAACCUCACCAUUGAGUUCUUCAUCUUCCUCAUCCCUUUGCUGGUUUUCUACCUCUCAUUCUUCUCCAUGGUCAUCUGCACACUGCGUGUUUUCCAGAAUUCAAAAGCGUGGGAAAAUUUCCGGGCUCUGACAGACCUGCUGACUCACUUUGAACCUGGUCUUGAUCUGGAGCAGGCUGAGACCAACUUUGGAUGGACACACCUGGAGCCCUAUCUGUACUUCCUGCUCUCAGUGAUCUUUGUGGUUUUCUCCUUCCCCGUGGCCGACAAGUCCUGGAUCCCCUGCUCGGAGCUGGCCACCAUAGCUCUCUUCUUCACCGUCACCGCCUUCCUCAGCCUUCAUGCCUCUGCUCAGCUCUUUGCUCGUAAAGCGCUCCUCACAGAAGUCCUCUCUGGGGCCUGCUCCCUCGCUUACCUCCUGCCAGACUCCCUCUGGUUCCUCAAGAUCUUUGGGAAGACGUUCAUCACCGUGCCUCUUGGGGACAUAGUGGUGUUAAACCUGGGGGUGCCCUGUCUUCUAUACGGCCACCUUUUCUAUCUGCUGUUCCGUAUGGCCCAGCUGAGAGGCUUCAAGGGUACCUACCUGUGCCUGGUGCCGUACCUGGUUUGUUUCACUUGGUGCGAGCUCUGUUUAGUGUUCCUUAAUAACGCCUCCACAAUAGGACUCAUUCGUACCUGCGUUGGCUACUUCCUCUUCCUGUUCGCCCUACCUGUACUCUCACUGGGCAUGGCUGCAAUGCUCAUGGUCCAGUUACUGCAGUGGUUCCUCGCUCUGGAAGUAAUUAAGAUGGUGGUCACACUGACUAUUUGUUUUGUGCCAGUAGUCCUGAGGCUUUGGACCCGCUUCAGUCUCAACCCCAUCGUGGUUUUUCGGUCAUUGUCCAGGAGUAGCAUCGUCAAGCUCAUCCUGGUUUGGCUCAGUGCAGUGGUACUCUUCUGCUGGAUGUAUGUCUACAGGUCUGAAGGCAUGAAGGUGUAUAACUCCACCCUGACGUGGCCUGAGUACAGCAACCUCUGCGGCCCACAGGCCUGGAGAGAGGCUAACAUGGCCCAAACCCAGAUUCUGUGUUCCCAUCUCGAAGGUCAUCGUGUCACCUGGACUGGACGCUUCAAAUACGUCCGUGUGACGGACAUUGAGAACGGGCCGCAGUCGGUUAUCAACCUGCUGCCUGUAUUUGUAGGGAACUGGAUGCGCUGUCUUUACGGUGAGCCGUAUCCUUUGUGUGACGAGGUGAAGAAUGUCACAGCGGAGCCUCAACCCCUGCCUGCCCCGGCGCCUCCCCGAGAAGAUCCACUCUGUAAACUUAAAAAACUAGCCAAGCACGAAUGCCACAUCAAACGCUUUGAUCGAUACAAAUUUGAAGUCACAAUGGGCAUGCCGCUGGAGAGGAAGACCAAGAACGGGACGAUCAUAGAGGACGAAGAUGCGACUAAGGACAUUGUCCUGCGGGCGAGCAACGAGUUCAAGUUUGUGCUUUUAAAGUUGAACACAGGAAGCCUGGUGGAGUUCAGUACUAUUCUGGAGGGACGUUUAGGCUCGAAGUGGCCCGUGUUUGAACUGAAAGCCAUUCACUGCAUCUCGUGCGGCGACACCCUCGUUCAAAGCCGCAGACAGUACAAGAUUGAACACGACUGGAGGCGCACGGCUCAGAACGCCCUGCAGUUUGGCUUUGACUUCUUCUUCAACCCCUUCCUGACCGCUCAGCUCGAGCAACACCCCGAAACAGAGACUGAAACAGAGAUUGCGACACAGGAGGAGGAAUAGACAGAGACAGAGUCAACAAGUACACUCGUACAAGACAUGAAAUGUCUUAACAUGCUGUUAAGAUGUGUGAUAAUGAUAAUAGAACCUUCACUUGAAGAACAUCGAUUGUACUCAACUACUCUUAACAGAAUCUAAUAGUAAAAUUGGCAAAUUACUUGUCAAUACUGUUAGAGGACAGAUAUUUAGUGUUUCAUCGGUCCUGUUGUAAAUCUGAACGUGAGCAAGUGUGUGUUUGCAUUCUUGUAACUGUUGAGCCAAAAUGUGAGAAUACAUAAUAUAAUUAAAUUAAGUUUGAAAGGAGGAGAAACACAAGGUAGUAAGGUUUUUAGAUUAAGUUUACAAUUUAUUGAUUAACACUAAAAGAAGAAACACACAAUCUCCUCAGCUGUGGUCAGCUGUGCAUUUGUUGUAAACAUUUCAUCACCGUACAAACACUAUCUUUCGUAUCCAAUUUUAUGUAUGUUUGUCAGUAUCAUGACACAUUUUUGUGGUCAAUCAUCAGUAUUUACAUUUUACAGUUUAAUUAUUGGACUGUACUCUCACUACAUUUGUUGUCUGUGUCCCACAAAGAAGUAUGAAAGGAGAGGUUAGAUCAUUUAUUUUAAACAAAAGGUUGCAAGUAUGAAGUCAAUUUGUAAGCUUUAAUUAUUUAAUAUUAUACAGAAUAAGUCCAGUAUGUCCGUUUUGGAGUGGUUGGUAUUGGAAAUGAUCUUCAAGUGCCUUAUAAAACUUAGUCUCACUUUAAAGAUAAUUUGGGAGAAAAUACUAAAUUGUGUCUGCAGUCAUUUACCUUUCUCCUCCCUCACUCGUCUUCAUGCCUGCUGUGCAGGGAUUUAAUAUAUUGAACAUUUUCAGUCCCUGAGUGAUGAUGUGUUUUAAGUUAGGAUGUCACUACUGUUUUCUAUUCUGUGACCCAUAAAUAUGAUGAAAACA